UCCGCCCUCGGGGAGCCCCGAGGCAGAGCCUUGGAAACUCCCGUGUUUUUCAGUUUUCAAUAGUAACUGUUGCUCCACGAAUGAAACAGGCUUCCUUUGAUUGACAAGUUAACCUUCGGCUUUGGCUCUACCUCCUCAGCCACCGUCGUGGUACCGUCCGACCCUGGCCCCGCCCCCUUACCCAUCAGCCACCGGGGCUCCCAGCCACGUCCUGACGUCAUCAUGUUGCUGCAGAGCCACGCCUUCUCCGUGCGCCUGAGCGCCCAGGCCGGGCUGCGGGGCUCCGGCUACCUGGCGACAGAAAACACUAACAAAACUUCGAGCCAGAAAUACAUGCUGAUUUCCUAUAAACUGUAACUAAAGGUAAUCAUGGAGAAGGAAGCUCGGAGCACUAUUCUUUUCAAUGCAUACAAAAAGGAAGUGUUCACCACCAAUAAUGGCUGUAAAUCUUUGCAGAAAAGACUUCGGAGUAAUUGGAAGAUUCAGAGUUUAAAAGAUGAAAUCUCUUCUGAGAAGCUGAUUGGAGUGAAACUAUGGAUUACAGCUGGACCAAGGGAAAAGUUUACUGCAGCUGAGUUUGAAGUCCUGAAGAAGUACCUUGACUCUGGUGGAAAUAUCCUUGUGAUGCUGGGAGAGGGUGGAGAAUCGAAGUUUGACACCAAUAUAAACUUUCUGCUAGAGGAAUAUGGAAUCAUGGUUAAUAAUGAUGCUGUGGUUAGGAAUGUAUAUUGCAAGUAUUUCCAUCCUAAGGAAGCUCUGGUUUCCAAUGGAGUGUUGAACAGGGAAAUUAGCCGAGCUGCCGGCAAGGCUGUGCCUGGAAUCAUUGAUGAAGAGAGCAGUGGCAACAAUGCCCAGGCUCUCACCUUUGUCUACCCCUUUGGUGCCACAUUGAAUGUCAUGAAACCAGCAGUGGCUGUUCUGUCCACAGGCUCUGUCUGCUUCCCUCUUAACAGACCCAUCCUGGCUUUCUACCACUCAAAGAACCAAGGUGGGAAGCUAGCAGUGCUUGGCUCAUGUCACAUGUUCAGUGACCAAUAUUUGGAUAAAGAAGAAAACAACAAAAUCAUGGAUGUUGUUUUCCAGUGGCUCACAACAGAAGACAUCCACCUAAACCAGAUUGAUGCUGAGGACCCAGAGAUUUCUGACUACACAAUGCUACCUGACAUAGCCACCCUGUCAGAGCGGCUGCGAGUGUGUCUCCAGGAGGGUGAUGAGAACCCGCGGGACUUUACCACCCUCUUUGACCUGUCCAUUUACCAGCUGGAUACCACGUGCCUUCCCAAGGUCAUCAAGGCUCAUGAACAGCUAAAUGUGAAACAUGAACCACUCCAGCUUAUCCAGCCUCAGUUUGAGACACCACUGCCAGCCCUUCAGCCUGCAGUUUUUCCUCCCAGUUUCAGGGAAUUACCACCUCCUCCUCUGGAACUAUUUGACUUAGAUGAGACAUUCUCCUCCGAGAAGGCACGGCUUGCUCAGAUUACGAAUAAGUGUACUGAAGAGGACCUGGAAUUCUAUGUCAGGAAGUGUGGUAAGAUUCUUGGAGUAACCAAUAAACUACCAAAGGAUCAACAGGAUGCCAAACAUAUCCUUGAACACAUCUUCUUCCAAGUGGUGGAGUUCAAGAAACUGAACCAGGAACAUGACAUUGAUAUCAGUGAACUGGCAUUCCAGAGCAAUUUCUGAAGACUGCGCCUCUUGAAGCAUCUUCUGUUUCCUGGUUCUCUUUGUACUUUUGAAUUGUUCCUUGACUCCUGAACAAAGUGUCUCUACUUUCUUUACUCUUAAGAGCUGUGCAGUGUCUGUGCAUCUUCUGUGCCCACAUAUGUAAGAUUUCCUGAUGGAAAAGAUGGUCCACUUUUUUAUAAAUUAAAUUUGUAAACCUGUA